CUAUUUUCAAACAGCGCACGUUUGUAGAGUCGUCAGUGAGUGAAGAUGCCUUCCAGAAAGUCACAGUCACAGUCAAAGGACAUCAGGUCCUUUUUCAAGAAAAGUGACAAUCCUCAAAGCAACGGGAGCUCAACCCCCACAGAGAGUACACAGCCAGGUGGAGCUACAAGCUUUCAACCAGGUGGAGCUACAGACUGUCAGCUGGGUGAAGCUAUGAACUAUGAGGCCGCUGCACAAACCCGAGUGAAGAGGGAGAAUGAUUGUGACUCCAUGGAUGGACAUUCACAUCAGUUCAGAGUGAAGUUCAGUCGUACUGACUGUGAGGAAUACACUGUUACCUGUGAUAAACCUUGCACAGUGCUGAAGGCGAUAAAAUCACUUGAAAUCUACAAGAAGAAGAUGAAGUGUUCAGAUGUAAAGAUUGUAAUUCAGCUGGGUGAAGGGGAUCGUAAAUCUAUUGUUGCGACACAUUUCCCGUGCUCUCUUAUCGAGCAUGAUAAGUGUCUGAUCAUAUCAGAGGAGUCAGAACAGGUUGAAGUUGCCCAAGACCAAUAUUAUGAAACAACAUAUUCAAGUGAGAAAUAUUCCGUCUUCUACAUUGAUACAGUAGGAGGGAAAUACACCAGAACAAAGCAGCUUUUUAGAAACAAUGCUCUCAAACAGUUCAAGUAUCUCUGUGUCUAUGGUGAAAAGGGGGAGACUGUAGAAGAGGCUCUGAAAAGAGACGGUCGCUUCAUUGACAACCUUGGCAACUUCACUCUGUCUGACAACGAUGAACAAAAUCGUAUCACAGAAUGCACACAGAAAGUUGAUAACCUAAAUGGAAAACAAUUCAAGAUAUGUCUUACACGGGGGGAGAAAGCAGAUGAUGAAGAGCAGCAGGAAAACCCAGGUACAUCAAGUAACCCACAACAGAAGAGUGCCACAAGGCCAGUCUUAGAUGUAGCAAAGCAAAGUGGAGUCAGUGUCAGAAAAGUAAUAAAAAUGAAAGAGAGUGGCAGCAGUGUUGACACACAGGAGAUUUAUGAAAUACUGCGUAAGCAGUUUCCAGCUCUGAGAGAACUGAUGCAGAGUAGAUUUCCUGGUGAUUCUUAUCAGACAGCACUGGAACUGAGGAAGGAAGACUUUGGAAAGAUCCAACAGUCGUUCAGUGAAGUUCACAGAGUCAGGAAGCUGCUGAAACUGGGUGAGUCAGUCUGCAAAGUGGUUGUUCCGGAUGUUUGUCAGGGCACAGGCUUUGUGUUGUUUGACAACUUUAUUCUGACUAACGGACACUUAUUCAAAGAUCGUGUUGAUGGAGACAGGCUCAUGGAAGGUACAGAAGUGUGUGUGUUGUUCAACUAUGACGAUCCUGAGCCAUUCAGUAAUUCCUACUACUUCAACGUAGAUAACUCUUACAUCUGUUUAAACAAGGAUGAGCUAGAUUAUGCCGUACUUGAGCUCAACCCUCAGGUCCAGAAACUGAGACAAACAACACAAACAGAAAAACUGAAGGUACCACCUGGGCUACUGAAGAACUUUGGUCCAGUGCCUGAAAAUGGUGAAGCCUGCAUCAUUGGUCACCCAGCAGGAGGCGUGAAAAAAAUGGAUUUUACAUGUAUCAUUGAAAAAGAGAAGAGAGGCCAGGCUGUCAGUGAUCAUUUAGAUAAGUACAAAGAAACUAUUUUUACAAUCCAUUCAAUUGAAAACUUAAUCAAAAAUCAGAACAUUGAAAGCAUCAUGAUCGAUGGAACUAGAGCAGAAAAUAUAGCAACCUACGACACCUUCAUGUAUCACGGCUCCUCUGGCUCCCCAGUGUUUGAUGCUCAGGGGCAAGUGUUUGGUUUGCAUACUGCAGGGUAUACCUAUGGGUUUCCAAACCACACAGAGAGCGUGAUAGAGUUCGCACAAUCCGUGCUGACUAUAUUUGAACACUUUGUGGGUCACCUGAAGGAAAGAGGAGAUGAAGAGCUGUUGAGGAGAGUUGAGGAGGAAGCACAGCGUAAUCCUUACCUGAAAAAAAUAUUAAAUAGCUUCUGUGAGGAGGACAUGGACGUUGAUUUUGGUGUUAUGUAAAGACACCUGGCUGCACAGGUUGUAUUGUCCAUAUUGUCAUUUUCUAACUAUAACAAGUUACAUACAGUACUUUAGUUUCUGUGUGAGGAGCAGAAUCUGUGCAGUUGUUGUCGAUCGCCUGGAUGCUUAUUUAGAAAUCCACCACAGAAAGUCCAAAAACAAAAGAGAAGAAAGGAGGAUUCCUCUGUAUGCAAUGUACCCACAUAAUAUUGUCAGACAUCAUCAUCAUCAUUUAUUCACAUAUAUUCAUUUAUCCUGUACUUUGAUAUGAAUUCUUGUUCUGGUGAAGAUCAUGGUAGAAAGUUGGUUUCCAUUGCCAUAUAAUUUUUUUAUUAUGAUUUGUCAUGUAUCCGUUUUUAACAAUGUGUGUUCUUUACUCUGUAUGAUAAGUAAAGUUUUAUGUUCUUUGUUUGGUUGAGACUGGCUCUGUUCAGAUAGGCCUAAGACAUCAGCUAUGCUACGCUAAGUCAGCUCUGAAACAGUGCUACAAAAACAGUAGCUCCAGCGAGAGGUCGCGGUCCGUAACCCACAAAGUCUGCAUGAGACAGACUCUGGCUCUUUCUCCUGGAGCCUCAGCCUGCAGGACUUGUGGGUGAUGUUUGGGUGUGAGGCAGUUUGGACUUUUGCAAAACUCCUAAACCGGUGAGAGUUGAUUAUUCCACGGAGGUGAUGCUUGCCUAUACGUCCCAGUCGCGUCUCCCUGGUCUACUGUGCAUAGAAGGGGGCGCUACCAUACUGCACGAGCACACUUCUGUGAAUAAUUGAUGUCAGCCAGUUUGGAGAUCAGAUAAGUAAAAAAUAAAUUAUGUGACUAAAAAUCUAAAGUGUCACAAUUAUUUAAUUUGACCCAUAGUAUGGCCAGAUCCAGGCCCUGAACAGAACCAAAUCAAUCCUUUAUUGUUUCUAUCAAGAUUUUCUUUUUUUGUAUUGAAUAAACAAACUGUUAUUGGGAAAAUAAAAAUGAUAUAACUUUAAAAGUC